AAAACCGAACUUAAACCGAACCGAUAUCCGGAUUGAACACUCCUAACCGGGAAGGUUAUAUUAGCCCGAAUGUAAUGUAGAGAUGCAAACUUUGCAAAAAAAAAAUAUUGUCGUUAUUACCUUAACAAAACUGGUAAUAAUUAUUGAAAUAAAUAAAUAAUCUAUUUGCUAGGAAAAUAUAAAUUAGAUUUAAGAUGGCACUAUUGUAACUAGUCAUGUUGGGAGGGGGAAAACAUAUCCUUAGAUCGAGUAUAUAUUAUAUUGUCGUGUCUUCGAUCUAGGGUUUACUUAUACAGAACAUGGAUCCCAGUGCCAGCAUGAUUGAUACGGUUGAUGGCGAGCUCGAGGUGACGCAACACGUGGAGGCUUCUUUGUCGGAUAGCGUUAAGCUUCCGACCAAACGCAAGGCCGAGACGUCUCCGGUGGCGGAUUCUGUCGAAGGCGAAGGAAACCGACAAGAGGAGGAGGAAAAAGACAGCGGAGAAAGCGACCAGGUUUGGGAUGUCGACAGUUUCGAGUCAGACUACUCUUCGCCAGAGGAGGCGGCUUCGAACACGGACGAAUUUGAGCUGCGUCGUUAUUUGCGUCAUCUCUACGAGAGCGGGGGUUUCUUGUUGGAAAGGGAGAUGGUUCCCAAGAAUCUGUUUCAAGGGUGGCGCCCUUUGAAUCUGGACGCCCUAUUCAAAGAUCCCAAUAUCACGGGGCGUGACUACAUGGAGAUUAUGGCUCGAGUGGCGAUUGACAAAUACAACCAAACAAAGAAUAAGACUGUGACGCUUGACCAUAUCGUGAGGGCCGUGAUAAGGAUGAGCAUUGGAGUCAAAGCUUAUAUUACUUUCAUGGCUAAGGAGUGUCCUGAAGGAGAGCUUGUAGAGUAUCAAGCUAAGGCUGAGAUCAGGGUGUGGCAGACUAAGAUUCAUCCCAUCCUUUGCAGACCCGCCUCCUCCUCCUCCUCUUCCUCCUCCUCCUCCUCCUAAAGACUGUUGGUGUUUUCUUGAGCUUUGCUUCCCUCUCGAGGAAAGUAAUAGAAGCUACUUAUUAUGUUGGAACCUUUAUAUUAAGUAAUUGGAGUUUGUGUAAUGGUGUUAAGCUAUAUAUUUAAAAGCUGUAAGACCUUAAUUAUGCUAAGUUAUUAUACUCUGGUUUUAAAUUGUGUU